GACCGAGUCCCUAUAUUGAUUUUUCAUUUACACACUCACACACAUCCCCAUAGUAUUAUUAUACUGAGUAUACUGUGUUAGCAGCGAUCGGAACUCUGAUUUUCAUUUUCCGUUCCUUCUAACAAGAUAACGUUUACUUUUCAUUCUCAGCCUUCGACACUCGUUCGAACAUAAAACUAAAAGGUCAUUAGGAAUUCACUGUGACAAAAUGGCUAACGCGGAUGCAUAUAGCUACAGUAAUACAUCUAAUUCCGAAUUAUUGGGUCUUUCAAAUUUAGUUCUCCAGCCGUACGAAUCCAACCCAAAUUUAAAAGAAACUUUUGAAGAAAUGUAUCAAAUGCUUGUGCUACAGGUCAAUUCAUCAAACGGGCCUGAAGUAAAAAAAUUAAAAUCCCGUCUAGCGGCCGUGUGCUAUCAGUUAGGACGAAUGUACCAUGAUACGGAAGACAAUACAGCAAUGGCAGAGUCAAUGUUUCUCAAGGCCAAAGACACUGUCAAAGAUCACGAAACAGAAGCUGACAACGUACUAAGCGUCAUUAACUCCCUCAACAUGUUGGGUUACAUCAAGAUAAAGGAUGACGAAGAUUACGAAGCAGCUUUGCAGUACUUACUGGAGGCACAGCAUGUGCACCAAGAGUAUAACGAGGAAAGGCGGGGAUCGGCCACGACUGCUAAUAAUCUGCUGCCGAAUUGUCCGAAAAAACGCGCUUUAAACACGACUAAGAAUCCUCUGAUGUGCGCAAGACUGUUUACGUUAUUUUAUAUCAUCGAGGUGUAUAGGAACCGUGGCAAUAUCACCGACGCGCUUAUGUCCACACAUCUUACACUCAAGAUUCAGCUGGAAAACAAUUUAUUUCUACAAAGCCCACUAGAUUGGGCCCUGUCUUCUGCUCUAAUUGCAAAUUUGCUCUGCCAACAGAAUGCUUACAAACAGGCCAGACAUCAUUUGGCGGCAGCCUCUAUGUACAUGGAGAAAAUUAUACCUAAACAAUUCGAAAGUCUAUACAAUUCAGAAACAUAUAAACAAUACGCAGCAGAUAUUUCACGUUGUUGGGCCACAUACGGAUUGAGAUUACUGAAGAAGUCCAAAACAAGAUUGAUGAAGAAUAAAACGCACAGAGAACCACCUGAGAUUUUUAGUAAUUUAUUGUUCAAGAAUUUCAACAUGCCGCACGAAGAACGGAUGACACGGUACUACGUGAAUAAUUUCGAAGAUGCACAAUCGUUGGUUAACAGCAUAGUGAUAAAUCUUAAUCGUACUAAAAAGUACUAUACGUUUGAAAAGACUGCUAAUUACUAUUCUGAUCUAUGUAUGGACACAUGCCUCGCGUACAAAUUAUUGUCUUACUUUCAAGACAACCCAGAAAAAAUGGGGAAGCUUUUCAAAAAAGGAAUCGUGGACUUAGAGGUAACCGCUAAUAGACUCAAUGAGGAGAGUUGUAUGAAUGUUUGCAGACGCAUCUGGUACGAAUUGGGAACAGUGUAUAGUGAUAUAUUGGAUAUCAAGUAUGAGAAACACGUCAAGAAUAGACUGGUGCUCACUGAUUCCGCAAUUAAGAAGAUUAAUCAAUACGCGAGCUCGUCUAUUAGAUAUUAUUCAAAAUUUGUCGAAUCGUUUUAUGUGCAAAAAAAGUUACCGGAAUAUGUGUGUGAUUCAUUUGUAAAACCAGUGUUGUUAGCUCAUUUGCAUAUGGCUAGAUGUAAUAACAAAAAGCUUGUGAAUCAAAAGAAUGUUAAAUUAGAGAUUCUAUUUCAGUGUAAAAAAUACUACCAGACUGUUGUGGAUUACUGCGAUAGAGAUCCUAGAUUGGAAUCCAUGAUUCCUGUCGAGUUGAAUACUUGUAGAGAAUUAUUGGAGUCGAAUGCAUCAAGGGUAGAUCAACUGCUCAAGACACACGGCCCAGUAAAAUUUUAUGUAUAAUUUUCUAAGCCAAAUAAUGAAUCAAGUGACUAUAAUAGUAAGAUCUUUUUUUUAUACAACAUAUAAAUGUCAUUCCCCUACUCUUAAACAGUCAAUAUUAUGUAAUUUUUAAAAAAUAUGUUUGGUUAUUUUAUAUUUAAAAUAUUUAAGUUUUUAUUUAAUACAAAUAUAAAUAUUUAUUAAAUUCUUGCUAAGAUUGAGAAAUUAUUUAACCAUUUGAGGAACAAUAAUUUCAAUGCAUUACAAUAAUAUUUCUUAUAAUCAAUUUUUACCAUUUUAAAAAUGUAUAUUGUUUAUUAUCUUGCUUUUUAAUAUGGUCUGUGGCGUAGCUUUAUAAGCUGAGCUCAAUAGAUUGAAAUUUUUAGGAGGUUCCUUUUUAUAUGAAUUGCCACUUACCUAUAUGAUGGGUACUGUGAGAAAUUUAACAAUUUUUAAAUAUUGAUACUUUGGUAAUAGUAGAUAUUUACUACAUACCUAGUGUCUUAAUUUCUUAAAAAUAAUUUACAUCAUUACUUUAGUAAUAUAUUAUAUAUUACAUUUAUUUUUGACUUCUGGUUUGUAAAUUAUACCGAUUAAUUUAAAUUUUAAAAUACUGUCAGUAUGAUAUCAAAUAAAAACGUAAUAAUAUAUUAAAUUAUACAGAUAGGUACUACCUACCUGCUAUAUUGCUACAUCCUUUAGGCUCCAAUUGCUCAAUAGUUACGCCAUGUAGACAUAACUCUUAUUUACUGUUUUAUAUUUAUUAUCAUGAUUUACUUUUUUUACUUGUGUUAUUGCUUAUGUUACAUCCUCAAUGAAAUAUACAAAUAGAUAUUAUGCUGUUGAAAAAAACUUGGAACAUUUAAUUUAUGCUAAAAUAUUAAUAAAUUAAUUGUAAUAUUUAAAUAUUAAUUUUAAGAUUUUUUAUGUUUGUACCUAUGAAUAAUGCAUAACUUAUGUAUCUACCUACUUACUUAUAUUGUAAGUAUUAUUAGUUAGUAAAUUUAUUUGCUUAGUGCUCUAGUGUGUGUUAAUAGUUAUAAUACUAAAUUAAUUAUUAUAAUAAUUGUAUGAGUAUGAUUUAUGAUUCAAUGUUUUUUUUUAUAAUGUAUUACAAAGAAAAAUUAUAUAGACUAGUAUUAUUGAAGAAACUAAAUCAUAUUUAUAAAAUAGUUAAAUAAGUGCAUUUUAAUCAAUAAUAUUAUUUUUUAAAAAACUAGACAAUUUGAUAGGUAUUAAUGAAAUCUCCUAUAAGUUAUGUUAUAAUAUAAAACUAUAUUAGAUAAUAUUAUUGCUCUGUUCUAAAGCCUAAAAUACAAUAUAGAGACCUCAAAAUACUUUAUAAGGUAUUAUUAAUAUUAGUUAAAUUUACUUAUUUAUUAAGAUUUCAUAUAAAUGUGAUUAAUAAUAUUAUCUUUUAUUUUUUAAGGAAUCUAUUGGUUUUUAUGACCAUUCUAACUGAUACCUAUAUUCUAUCCAGCGAGAUAAUGCAUCACGGGCCUACUAAACCUGGUUUUACAGUGUAGUUGAAAACAAAACCCUUACAGAGGGGAACGAUUGUUCAUUUUUGAUAGCAACAUGAUGCGGGAGGAUGCACAGAAUCCGGGCGUUCUCUUGCUGGACAGAGUAUAUGUAAUUAGUUCUUUUGAAAUUUGAAAUUAUAUAAAACAAUACCUAUUACCACUAUAUAUUGUUAUUUGUUGACUAUAGUAAAUGAUAAAAUAAUAAGUUAAUUAUAAUACUUAAUUAAUUAUUUAUUAUGUCCUACAUGUUUAUAAUUGUAUUAAGAUGAAUCUAUAAUUUAACUGGAAUAUUUAAUAAAACAUUUUUUUAACAUCAUA